GCUGUCAAUAUUAUAUGUCAGUUUGGUGUAUCAUCUCCAAGUUCUUCAAUCUUCACCAUAUCUGUUUGCAAUGCUAUCAGCUUCUUUGUCUUCAAAUAAGCCUUGAUUACUUCGUUUUUUUUUUGUGAUUUCACAAUAAAUUUUCAUUUAAGUUAUUUGUUUUGAUUGAAGAAGAAUAUCGACAGUUAUGGGUGCUAGUUCAGCAAAACCUUCUCCCCGGAUUGUGGAAGGUCGCAUUGACGAAACCCGUUAUAGUGGUUCAAUUUCGAGAGCUCAUAAUGCCGCCACUAGAAGUUCAACCGGUGCAUCGGACGGAUGUAUAGAUAUAUUCUCUGCUUAUCGUGCUGGUUCAUCAACAUCGUCCACAGCUGGACCCACAUAUUCAUAUUCAUCAGCUCGAAGCACCACCACGAAUUUACCACCACCACCAGCAAACAUUCAAACUGGAUACUCUUCCUUUAAUGCUCCCAGUUCAUCAACAGUAACGACAAGACAAUCCACCGCGAUUGAUCAACUAGAAGAAGCCGACAUUGCACGAGCAAUUCGUUUGUCUUUGACAGCCAAUCAGACUAGUCGAGUAUCAAACCUUACAUCUUCAACGCUGUCAUGGUCGCAUGGCAUAUCGCAAUAUCCAAAAAGUAAUACUGCCAAUGUUAACCGUGUCAAAGCCUUAGCAAAUACCUCUGUCUCCAACUCGGCAUCCGCCCCGAAAGCAGAAAUGGCAUUUGAUUGCAGUAUCUGUAUGGAAUUCAACGAGAAAGAUGUAAUUGUUGCUACAGAGUGUGGUCAUGUAUUCCAUAAGGAAUGCGUUUCUCCAUGGAUUCAGCAAGCAGGGACCUGUCCAUCAUGUCGAGUUCGUAUCACUAUUGCAUCGCUGCGAAAAAUUUUCAUUUCAGUUAAUUCAAGUAGUAACGCGUUGAAAUCCAACACGACGAAUUCUCGUAACAACAACAAUAACACCAGCAACGGCAACGGCAACGGCAACGGCAACGGCAACGGCAACAACCGCAACAACCGCAACAACAAUGCAGGAAUUCAACGUAGAAACAAUCCAAACAGAAGUACAACAUCAUCCACAAUGUUUCGUCGUACAAUUUGGUUGAGUUCACAGGAUAAGCAAAUUACCGAGCAAUCUCUUGCCGUUCUUAUUUCGCACAGAUUCAAUAUUUCAUUGCAGAAGAUUUCAAUCAAAAGUCUGAAAAAAGCAGGUACAACGCAACCACCACAGCGAUAUGUUUCAUUUAAAAUAAGCGUCGACUCGGAAAGUACGUUCAACACUUUGGUUGAUGUUACGAAGUGGCCAAGAACGUUUCGUGUUCGCGAAUUCAUUGAACGUAAUUAAGGCAUUUUCCAAGCAUGCUUUACUCAAUCGCAUUUGAUAAACACAUUAUUUCAAUAAAAUCUAAAAUCAUUUGCUGACAUCAUUAAAUAGUAUCCAUGAAUAACAUACUCUAUUCUGUCCCCAUUGUUUCUUAUCUUUGUAAUAAGUUUAACAAGACUAUAAUGGUUUCUCAAGAUAUUUUUUCAUAUGAUGUGGUUGUUUGAUUUCACAUCUUUUUCUAACCUUUUUGUCCAAAGUUUAGUAUUAUAGAUAAGCAUUUGGUAACUUACGCUUUUUUUGAGAAUAUAAUUUGUCGAUUUCCUUUUAAAUAAUUAAAUAAAGUACGAAAAUUAACGCAAAAA